AGCCGGAGCUCUGGAAAGAGGCCCGAAUUCCCGAGUUGAAAUUCCAAGUUUGAUGACCGUUCAAAUCGAAUUUCUCCAGUCGGAGCUACUUUUUUCCGAGUUCCCAGUUGUUUUGAACGCGGCAAUACACAUAUUCGUGGCGCUACAUGAUGACGAUUUGAGCUUCGGACGUAAACAUGGAGAGAGACGCGCUGAAAAGGCAAAUCGAUCUGUUGCAAAGUCUCAUCAACAACCACAAGAGUGUCCAUGGUGAUGUCCCUUCUACUUCUGGCCGGCAGUGGCACCCAGCGAGGCCACCGCCACGAGGCAGGGGUCACAGCUCAUCUUUCACCCCCACAUUCCCCUCCCGGGGUGGGCCUUACCACCCCCAGUCCGCGGGACACUGGAGGAAGACCUACUCCCUCAAUAACAAGAGCAGCUCAGCCCAGCAAAGUCGACCUACUAUACAGACUGCCAAGCACUCUUUAGACCAGCCGUUAGUUUCUGCAGAACCCAACUCCUCUACUGGCUUGCUGUCCCUUAAUGCUAGAAGCACCUCACAGCCCAGCCACAGCAAUAAGGACCUGGCUAGAGGAGAGAAGGAUAGAACAAAAUAUGCUACGUCUGGGGAUCUAACAGGGCCAAGGGGCCAACAGUAUGCACUCACAGGGGGAGUGAGAAGAACUGUGACAGGCAGUGGAGCCACAGCUAUUGAGUCAGAGACUGAAUCAGGCAGAGGGAGAACAGGACCUGGGGGUGACGCUUGGCUGGGACUCUCUGGGCUAACAGGGCCUGGACCCCCAGACGACCAGCAGAGGGAGACUAAAUAUGAGUUUCAGCCCACCACUGAAGAGAAGGGCAUUGGACUGCCUGUGAAAGCCACUGCCCCUGGAGAAAAUAAUACAGAAUUGACAAGUGUCCCUGUCUCAGACAAAUCUACUGUUACUACCACCAUGGUCCAGAGCACUGCUCAGCUGCAUAUCAGACCUCGUCACUCUGAGAAAACCAGCACAGGAGGUAAACAUACUGUCAAGGCAACCACCGGCAACCUCAUCCCUAGCGAUACGGACCCACCUCUACUUCUUUCACCCCCUCUCUCUGCCUCCCCUAGUGCCCUACAAGGACCCCAGCUAAGCCCCAUGUCCAAUUCCACACUAGCCCAGCCCCAGUCAACAUCCUCUCCCCAGAGACACUCCAAGUUCACUUGGGUGAACAGCCAUCAGCCAGGAGGAGCUGGGCCCAGCCAGGCCAGAACAGAGGCCCAGCCCCCAGACAAACUCAUCACCUCUUCCCCCAUCCCAGUCUCCCAUCCUGGGCUCCCUAGUAGAAGAGCCUCUGCCCCCAUCAAGAAGGUUCCCCGUAGGCUCGGUCUAUCCAUCGCAGUCCCUAAGACCACCAAGUACACCUGGGUGUCGUCUUCUGCAAGUGGCCAGGCCAGGCUGUCCCGGAAGCCCCUAUCACCCAAAGCCCUGGCUCUGCCUCAGAGAGCUCCAGAGAAGGGAAAGGGGGAAUCCAAGAAACCCAAAUCCCCAAGUCUUUUAGCCAAGCAGCGUAAGGCAGCAGGUGCCUCCACCUCCCUCAGUAGUCUCUACCGCUGGAAGGCAGGGUCUGGAGGAGGGGGGCAGACUGGUACAGGAGGAGGGAUAGGGGCCCGACGUGGGUCUGUGUUUCGUUGGACCUCGGAGAAAGAGAACGGGGCCAAGGGGGUGUCCAGUGUCCCUCUAUCUGUAACUCAACGCAUAAUAGUGCCCCCCUCCUCCUCCCCUGGAGGGUUCAAACUCAGGAGUAGGAUGAAGAUUAUCAGGAGGCCGGCUAGCAGUGAGUCUGGAUCCGAGCGGAGGUCCAGCCCAGCAGACAUGACCCUGAACAGCCGCUACUCUCUCCGCCGACGGACACACAGCCCGGUUCGGACACACACCCCGGUCUGGAGCCCGGGAGGUGUGAAGAGGACCAUGUCCCGUGAACUGGUCUCGUUUGGCAGACACAAGCUACGACGUCUCUCCCCCAGCCCCUCCAGGACAGGUCCCGCCUCCCCGACCCUGCGUAGCCAGGCGAUUCAGAGGGUGUUCAGGACCCGCUAUAAGAUAGAGACAUGCCUGGGCGGCGACAACGCACACACAGCCAACUAUAGCCACACCCUCUCUUGGAGAGCAAAGAGGAUCCAGGCGGCCAGGACUGUACUCCAGAGCCGUCUGCGUCCCCCAGGACAGGACGGGCACCCCACAGCCCAGCACUGGAGAGGUAGAGGGAGGAGCAUGCGCUGGAUCGGUGGCACCCUCUACAGCGUCUCAGCCAAUAAGCUGUCUCGCACCAUGACAGCCAGUGCGCCAAUCAACAGAACAAUGAGAUGGUCUAAUCCACAGGAGAUUUCCCCCACCUCGAGUACUUUCUUUCGGCCAUCCAGCACACGUUUUGUGGCCAGUCGUGCGGUUCAGAGGAGUCUAGCCAUCAUCAGACACGCUCGUCAGAAGAAGACCCAGAAACAGUACUGCAUGUACUUCAACCGCUUUGGAAAGUGUAACCGUGGCAACACCUGCCCCUAUAUCCAUGAUCCUGAUAAGGUUGCCGUCUGUACCAGGUUCGUGAGGGGUACAUGUAAGCAGACGGAUGGGACCUGUCCAUUCUCGCACAAGGUGGCCAAGGAGAAGAUGCCUGUGUGUUCGUACUUCCUGAAGGGUAUAUGUAACAACAGUAGCUGUCCCUACAGCCAUGUAUACGUGUCCCGCAAAGCUGCUGUGUGCCAGGACUUCAUCAGGGGGUACUGCCCUCAGGGUCAGAAGUGUAAGAAGAAGCACACCCUGGUGUGUCCAGACUUCUCCAGUACUGGCUCCUGUCCCCAAGGGGCCCAUUGUAAGCUCCAGCACCGUCAGAGGGCCAAACGCACCACUCCUAAUGCCAGGGCAACUACAGGCCCCUCCGCCACCCCGGCCAAGAAGGCCCGUACCAAGAGGACCAGCCUGUCAGUGGUUCUCCCUCAGGGUUCUGCUCAGGCAGAUCCAUCGACACCCUCGUCCUCAGGUCGUCACAACACCAAGCUGCCAUCCUUCAUCUCCCUUUCCAGCUCCCCAGAGGACGCAGACGCUCCGGACACGCCCCCUGCCGACAGGUCAAAGGUCACAGAGAGAACACUGCAGCUCAUGCCUCGACUCCAGAACUACAGGAGCUAGAAUGGAUACUGCCUGAACAUCACGAAAUUAACUUUGAAAAUACUACAGAGACGUAUCUAUUGAAUGCUAAUGGCAGCGCUGAGGUUUCUGACUCACAUAUAUAUAUAUAUAUAUCUCACCUCUACCAUACUCAGGGUCUAUAAUGUCGUGCUCUUGUUAAAGUUGUUCUGUGGACUCAUACAUUUCAUAUAGAAAUGAUGUUUUUAAUACAGAUUUUAUUGAUAUGUGAACAUGUUUUGGUUCUUUGUAAAUUGGAGAUUGAAUAAUUUUGAAUAAAACGAAUGUUAUUACUGUA